UCCUCUACUAAACGUUGUUCAGGUCGGAGGUUUCGGAGUCCUCCCUAAGAUGUUGGGAUAUUUUAGUAUUAAAUGGUGCCUUCUGGAAAUGAAGAAACAGACGAAACCAGAAGUGUUCCUAGACGAUUACCUAAACAGCAUUGGUCUGUGGCGGAAACAACUUCCAAGAGAUGGAUUGUCACUGUUUAGAGCAGUAUCUGAACAGUUGUUUAUGACCCAGUUCUACCACACAAACUUGUAUGAAGCUUGUCGAAUUGUCUUCUUUCACCUGAGAAAAGACCCAGAAUGGGACUGGAAUGAAUAUGAAGUGAUGAACAUAUUAUCUCGGAUGUACAAGAGAGAUUUCCUGGUUUAUGAGUGUGCAGGUCAGCCACCUGUUCUUGGUUCAUACAACAAUUACAAGGAAAAGAUUGUUUUGUGCCGUGUCAAUGACAACCAGUUGGAUUCUGUGUACCCCAAGAGUGUCCAGGAAAGUGCUGCCAUCGUCCAAUCUGUUGUGUAUGAGAUUCUUUAUCGAGGGGUGUUUAAGCUGGACACAGAGUUAACAGACGCUGUUGAGCUGAUCCGAGACCAAAACAAGCGCAAGAUGAGUUUCCUUGGAAACAGGUUUGAAGAACUGGAAGAUGCUUGUAUUAAGAGACUACAGGAGUGUGGCAUAAAGGACCCCCCCUGUCGCAAGCCAACCCCACCCCUGCCGUACAGGAUAGCAAAGGCGCUGGACCCGUGUAUCUUUAGAAACGUGGAGCUGGAUAUCUGGGAGGAGGAAUGCAGGGAGCUGAAGAAGGAGUCUCCUGAGUAUAGAAAGAGGUUUUCCCUAGGAGACAAGUGCCAGGUGAUCCUGGAAGGGGAACAUUACCAUGGCCACAUACAGGAGCUGAAGGACGACUCUGCGCUUGUCUAUAUACAAGAGCUUGGAGAGAAAAGGAUUGUUUUGAUCAGCAGUCUGAAGACUCCACCGUCUGCCCGUUAUCGCUUCAACAGGAAACAUCUUCACCAUAAACAGGAGACAGAAGCUAGUGGAGAGGAGGGUUACUAUAGCAACCAGACAUCCCAUUACCAUAGUCAUCAGUCCAGGUCAUCCACCCCGCGAUCCUGCAACACCCCACCCUUACAGAGGUACAAGGUGAAACCCCAGGGAUACAUUUACCCAGCAAACCCCAUCACAAUGAUCAAUGGUAAUGAAGCUUACGUAGGCAUGGAGAUGCAGCAGGUACCGACCCUUGACAACGAGAAUAAAAGGAACCUCAAUCAGCUGCCAGCAGGCGGGGUUUUGGAGCCCUACCAACAAGCCAUGAUGUACCCACAGCCCGGAGAUACUAGUGGUCAGUACAUGUAUGGUCCCAUGGUCGCACAUGGAGGUCAGAUGUACUCGUGUGUGUGUGUGCCCCACCUGGACAGUAUAGCCAUACAGGACGUGAACGUGUACUGUCCACCCUCACAGGACAUGGCCGGCAAUGACCUGCCAGAGGUGAAUACCUUGAGGUUUUUCUUCAAUAUGGGUGUUGAGAACUACCGGAGCGUCAGUCAGAACGGCAGCUAUCAGACAGAGACAACGCCAGCCCUCGUAGCCCCUGGGAUGUACAUGACUGCGGACCAGGUCAACGGCAACUACUUUGGUCAGUUAGCCCUUCCCCCCGCCCCAGCACAGACCCCUGCUAUUUCGGCCCACAGUAACCAUGGUAACCAAACAUACGUUCCAGCAUCCAAUACCCAUUCUAGCUCCAAAGGUAGCCAGCCUAGUGCAAGUGGGCCUGGCAGUGCCCUCACCUCUCCCAGUAAGAGUGAAAUGUCCAUCGCCUCGUCAAAUGAUGAUGCCCCUGACAACAAUGACUCUGGGUGUGACACGGAGAGCACAUCCAGCAACCAUGGUGACAGCUCUGUUAAGGAGCCCCAACAGUCCGCCAUGGAGCUGGAACUGCAGCUGGAUAAUUACAUCGCUAACGUCUCCGAAAUACCCCAGCCUGCUACCACUGCUAAUACCAAUGGUUCAGAGUUUGCUGAGCCCUCUAAACCAAAGCUUAAAAAGAGGAAAUAUUACAUGUAUGGUAACCUCAAGCUGGUAAAACCUAUCAAAGAUAUCCCUCCUCGGUACUUAACUCUGCUCUCUCAGUUGGGUAAAGAGAAGAGUAGGUGUGAGGGGGAACCAAUCAUUGUACCCUUCCUGCCCCCCAGGCGUCACUAUAACAGAAAUGCUCAUGUAAAUGGUCAUAAAAAUGUCAAUGAAAACAGUGUACCUGGUGAGAAUCUAUUUAACCCAGAAGCUAAGAGUUUUGUGCCGAGUGGCAACGUUAUGCAGGACCCCAGCAUUAUAGCUUGCAGUAUAACACCGAAUGCUCCCUCCUCGUCUAAUGUGUAUGCACAUGCUUAUCCAUCUGGUGCUGGUUCUGUAUACCCAAAUAAUAUAGUACAGUCAGUAGCUAACCGCGGUGGUGGUGGGAACAAUAAUGUAACCUCGAGUGUUAGUGUUAGUAACCAUAACAACAGUAAUCAUGGUGUUGGACAUAAAUAUAGCAUGCCUCCUCCUUUCUCCACAGGUCCCAGUCAAGCUUUUGGGCCAAUCCCCGGCAGCAUGCAAUACCCUGUUUUCUACAGCACAGGUGCAGCCCCAUACCCGGGCUUAGUACCGGGCAUGUACAUGCCUCCCCAGAACUGUAACGUCCAGCCACCACAGAUGCCUGUACCCCAUCUACAGGCUACACAGUAACAUAUGCAUGUAUCACUGGUGAAAUGUGCUCAUCCUUAGUGCUAUAGACUUACUCUAACAUUGUACAUGUUGUUGAACCCGAGUCGGCAACAUGCAGCAUAUCUUUAUUCUAAGAAUAAUCAGAAGAGUUCUAGUCAGUCAUACUAAAAACGCAUGUAAGUCCAUAGUGCUUUAUUUCAUCUACUAAUAAAAGUUGUCAUCUUUCAAACCAUUAUUUCAUUUAUGUCAAAAUCAACUGCUGACUGGGGCUUAUUCAUCAGAAUUUCAACAGCCACCCUACUUAACCAUUUAAGCUUUGAAUGUUCAGUUGUGUCAUGUAUACUUAGUACGUGUAUUUUAUUAUAAAGAUUUUCUAUUUGAGAGUAAAGUAUAUAAAUCAUUAAACUUGAAAUUAAAAUGAUACUAACAGCUGCGCAUAUUGUGUAUAGUUAUACACAUUCUUUUCGUGCAGAGCACUUUUCUUUAGAAAUCCAUUUUGAUAGAUCUGUGAUUAUAAUAGGCUAGCACAUUUCUUAUAAGCACCGAUUAAUAUUUUCUUACAAUAAAGUGAUUUUUUUGCCAAUUUAUUAUACAAUUAUGCUAGUUCAUAAUGAAAGCAUGGCCCAUAUUUACUGAUGUCGGGAGUCUGAAUGUGAAACUGCUCAGAAAACUGAAUUCUUAAAUGUUUCAAAAUAUCUAGAAUACAAGUAAUUUGGACAACAGAUGUGUUCCAGAUGGCAGAAAAGAUUAUUUGGAACAGAAACAGUCAUGUUAACCAGUCUGUAAUAGCAUGUUGCUAUUAAAUUGCUUUUCUGAGUGUAAGUGUAAAAUUUGACUGGAGACAUUGGUUGAUAUGUAAUAUGGGCCAUGUAGCAAUAGUUCUGAAUGUUUCAUGUUUUUGUUAUUUGAUUGUUACCUUUUCUGAUGUUCUUUAUCUGUCCAUUUAUGCCAGUUUAUCGACUAAUCAUCCUAUAAUAUUAGUAGGACUUUUUCUAAAUGUAUGUUGUUGUCAAAAUUAUUUGAUUGAUUCUUGUUAAUUCGUCUGUUUAAAGAGACUUGAUUUUAUAUUGGCAACAAUUUUUGUUGAGUUAUUUUACUGACUUGAUGAUCAAACAAAAAAAUCCAAAUGCAAGCCUAGAAUAAUUUAAUUUUCAAUCAGUUUCUAAUGCUUUUGGGCAAAACAGCAUUUUCUAUAACAUUUUUAUGUAACUAUAAACAAAAAGCACUUUUUUUCAAUCCCUGUAAAACAUGAAUUAGUCCCUUUAAGUCAGGCCCUUUUUGGAUCUUCUUGUUUAGAUGUUUGAUUGUGUAAAUAUAUAAUCAUUUGUGAAAUAGUUCAUUAAAUCAUUUUCCAUCUCUUAAUUGUUCGCUAUUAAUUGUUCCAUCAUUUUAAUGAUUAUGACAGUGUUCUUAGGAGUCCUUAGUGACAGUGUUCUUACGAGUGCUCAAUAUUAACUGUUCUUUCAUUUUUAAUGAUUAUGACAGUGUUCUUAGGAGUCCUUCGUGACAGUGUUCUUACGAGUGCUCAAUAUUAACUGUUCUUUCAUUUUUAAUGAUUUUGACAGUGUUCUUAAGAGUUCUUAGAAUUUGAUCGAAUUUUAGACUGAAAUUUUAGGUGUGUUAUGAUCUGAUAUCUUACAUUUGACUUGUUUGACUUUUAUAUUGAUGCCUCGUUUGUUGUUACAUUUCAGAGUUUAAUCUUGUUGAUGCUGAUAUUUUAUUUAACCAUAUCUAUGCAAUUCCAUUUCUCAUAAAAUACUGCCCAUUGGUACCAUGGUCACAGAUCUAUUAUAAUUUUUGAAACAUUUGAUCAGGCAAUUUUUUUCCAAUCAUCAUUCCAAGUUAACAUCUUAUUGCAGUCAUAUUUGAAAUAAAGGCUUUUGUUAAUAGAUAUAUAGUUGCGUGUUCUGUUUCCUUCUUGAAUUUUUCUUUCUAUGCUAGUAAUAUUCAAAGUUUAUUUAACAGAAAGUAUUUCCUUAAAAACCAGCUACAAAUCUCUUGUAUUCAAUAGACUUUUAUCAUUAUUCCAGCUUUAUUGGUUAAUAAAACAUUCGUUGGAAGUUAUGCAUGAUCAGGAAUUUAAACACAAAAAACAAUAAACUGGUGUCGGCAAAGAGCCAAGAUCAAAUUUGGAGGAAAUUUAAACAUCUUAAACCAACUGCACAGAAACCAUGCGUUCAUGUAAUGGUCUACAGCGGUCAGUGUUCAUGUAUAUAUUGAUUCUUUUUUUCUGCUAAUAACCUGUUUUAAAUUAUUCCAUCACACUUAUAUUAAAUGUAUAUAGCAUUCUUUAAUUAUUUCCUUAUAUCUUAUGAGCUUUGUGUAUCUCUGUUAUUGUUGAAUCAUUUUUGUUCUAUGAUUUUGUUAAAAACUUUUGACAAAACUGGAGCCUGCAUAUCCAAGCCAGUUAAUGUACUGGAUCUGUAUAUGGUCACAACUUUUGCUGGACAUCCCAUACAAUAUUGCUACAUGUACCAUUGGAAAUCAUUCCUUAACUAAGAAAAGUUCAAAAUUGGACCAGCAAUUGUUUCAUGAAAAAAUAACAUAUUUUACCUUGUCAAAAUCCACAUGGGGAAAUCGUGAAAGAUGGAUUUUAUGAGUUUUCCAUUGAAUAAGAGAAGAGGUUUUCACAUGUGUAAUUUGUGAUUCUAAAAGUGGUCAAAUUUGUUUAGUUAUUUAUUUUACAGGUUUAUUAGAAGCCAAACACAUCUUUCAAAAUAAAUAAAAGUGCAGCAAACAUCAAAAUUUUAGUGAACUAGCCAAUUUAUGGUUUGGAUACCACAGUGAUGUUCAAUGGCACACAUUCAUUAAAAAAAAAUGAAUUGUAAUACAACUGACAUCACAUAUUUUUUGUAUAUGUCUUGUUUUUUCCCCAUAGAAUUCCAGUUGAUUGAGCUGUUUUUGAAUUUGAUCAAACUUGUUAAGAUUGAAAAAAUAAAUUUUAUGUUGUUA